ACCUUCAAUCCCACCCUCUUCUGUUAGUAUGACCUAGAUAUGUCUUUAGCAUGCUCCCGCCGAGCCUAUACGGCGAGCCACGCCGCAAUUCGGCCCAUUAGCAGCGACUGCAUCGUUGUCUACCGCGGGACCCUUCGCCGCAUCGUACAUGUCCGCAAUCCUGCGCCCUCAAGGACCUUUGCCUGGACAAAACCUCUGUUAGAAGAGCAACAACAGCAGACGAAAGAGUCCUUCCGGUCACGGCUGAAUGCCGCUCUGAAGUCUACGAAGAUUGAGUGGAAGCCUAUCCCAAUCGGCCUCGGCAUUGGGUUCCUCGGUCUUUUCCAGUUCUACAGAGUCCAACAACGGGAGCAACGGAUACAAGAGGAGGAGAGGAGCAGUUAUGGGAGUGGACCAGAUGGCGGUAAGCCUAAGAAGAGGGAGAGGAUACGCCCAAGUGGACCGUGGCAAGUUCAAAUAAUGUCUACGUUACCAUUGAAGGCACUAUCGAGGAUAUGGGGUCGCUUCAAUGAACUAGAAAUACCAUACUACCUUCGCGUGCCCGGCUUCAAACUCUACUCUUUUAUAUUUGGCGUGAAUCUCUCGGAAGUCGCCGAGCCUGACCUCCAUACCUACCCAAAUCUCGCGUCUUUCUUCUACCGUACCCUAAAGCCCGGCUCUCGGCCCAUUGACCCCUCCCCCAACGCCAUUGUCUCGCCAGCCGAUGGCAAAGUAAUCCAGUUCGGCAUCAUUGACAAUGGCGAAGUCGAGCAAGUAAAAGGCGUAACGUACAGCCUAGACGCGCUCCUAGGCUCUGUCCGUCCAAAGUCUUCAAACGGGUCAAUACCAACCUCCAACAUCGCCUCAUCUCCCAACUCGGCCCAACCUAGCGGCUCCCGUGCCCGCACCGGCGACGAAGAGAUUAUCCGCGCCGAUGAAGAAUUUGCCCAGAUAAACGGCAUAUCGUACACGCUACCCAACCUUUUCUCCAGCCCCCAACCGAAAGGCAACGAACCCGGCGAGAUGCCAGUCGACCAGUCGACCUCGCCCCGCGCCUCCUCUGAAGCCGAAGUCCGCGCUGACCUGGCUCUCGCCGAGUCCUCACGUUCCUGGUGGGCACCCACCCCCUCCAAAGAUCCCACCGCUCUGUACUACUGCGUCAUCUACCUCGCGCCGGGCGACUACCACCGCUUCCAUUCCCCAGCCUCCUGGGUUGUCGAAUCCCGCCGCCACUUCGCCGGGGAGCUUUAUAGCGUAUCACCCUAUCUACAGCGCACAUUGCCAGGCCUUUUCACUCUAAACGAGCGUGUCGUGCUUCUUGGUCGCUGGCGCUGGGGCUUCUUUAGCUUUACCCCUGUCGGCGCGACCAACGUCGGUUCUAUCGUCGUCAACUUCGAUCGCGAACUGCGUACGAAUAGUUUGAAUACGGACACGGCCGCUGAUCGCGCUGCCGAGGAGGCGGCCAAGCGUGGGGAGUUGUAUUCUGGGUUUUCCGAGGCUACGUACGAGAACGCGAGUUCCGUCCUCGGUGGGCAUGCGCUGAAGAGAGGAGAGGAGAUGGGCGGGUUCCAGCUGGGCAGUACGAUUGUGCUUGUAUUUGAGGCACCGAAGGGCCGCCGGCCGACUUUUGAUGAAGGAUAUGUUGAAGGCCAGAGGCCCGGGGGAUGGAGUUGGAAGAUUAAGCAGGGGCAAAAGGUGAAGGUUGGGGAGAUGUUGGGAUUUGUAGAUGAGUAGGGUGGGAUCGAUGGGUAUGUAUAUAUAUGGGCCGUGAGAGGACUGAGCAUGUGGUUGUACUAUAGGAGUAUACCCAUCAAUGACUAGAAACGUGAAAUGUUUUCAGGUUGCUCAUCAAGCUGUGAUUAUACAUUCUACAAGUCCUAUCAAUCCAGCGCGUUAAACAAACUGAUGGGCU